AUGGUUGCUACUAAACAACAUAUUUUACCAGAUGUUCCACCUGUAGAAAACUUUCCUGUUCGUCAAUGGUCUAUCGAACUUCUAUUGUUGGAUGAAGAAAAUAAAGAGGUUCCAGCUAGUAUAUUUGAAAAAGUAACAUAUCAUCUACACCCAACAUUUGCUAAUCCAGAUAGAACGGUAACAGAACCACCAUUUAUGAUCCAAGAACAAGGGUGGGGUGGAUUCCCUUUAGAUAUCAGUGUUUUCUUUCUAGAUAAAGCAGGUGAGAGAAAAAUCCCACACGAUUUAAACUUCCUACAGGAAGAAUAUGAAGUGGAUCAUGUUAUUCAAGUACCUACUAAUAAACCUGCACUUGUGGCAGAACUAGAGAAAAGUGGUUCUGUAGAGGAAGCUACAGGCGGUGGUACAUCUACUGGAAAAAGAAAAGGCACUCUUGCUAGUGCAACGGAACCUAAACCUAAAAAAGCCAAAACUGGUAGUGCCUCCACAAUUAAAGGUAAUAUUGAUUUAGAAAAAUUGGCAUUAGGUAUGACUAAAUUGAGUGAAGAUGAUCUUGUUGGUGUGGUACAGAUGAUAUCUGAUAAUAAUACACCAGAAAUGAAUGUUACAAAUAAUGUAGAAGAAGGAGAAUUUAUUAUCGAUCUAUAUAGUUUACCAGAUGGAUUAUUAAAAAGUCUUUGGGAUUAUGUUAAGAAGAAUACUGAAUAA